AUUUUUAUUUUUAUUUUAAAAUCAUUUGAGGACUAAAUAUGAAAUUAUGCGAUCUGACAAUUUUAAUGAUCUUAUUUUACCCGAAUCCGAAAACCGAUGGAUCUUGGGCGGUCGGGCCGUAAUGUCAGAACCUCACAAAACCCUCGGUCUUCAAACUGGCAGCCUUACCUAAACCUUUCUCCUUCACAACUGUUAAACACUCAUUUUCAAUAUCAACCAGAGGAAUAUUAACAAUAAUACUGUAUUCUAAAUGGUGAGCAAAAGGCAGAAAUUAGCUAGAAAGCGGUUCAAGGAAGCUAAUCCAGAACUAUUCCCUAAGGCAGAACCAACUCCACCUAAAGACCCAAACAAGAAAAAGAAAAAGAAAAAGAAGAGUACUUUCAAGAAGAAAAUAGGAGAAUCCAAAGAUCCUAAUAAUAAGAAACGUUCAUUUACAAAGCAUCCUUUUAGAGUGGCUGGAAUGAAGCCUGGUGAAAGCUGUUUUAUAUGUAAAGAACAUGACCAUAUUGCUAGGGAUUGUCCUAAGAAAGCUGAAUGGGAAAAGAAUAAGAUAUGUCUGCUUUGUCGUCGACGCGGUCACAGCCUGAAGAAUUGCCCCAAUAAGGAUGAUGAAUCUGUGGAUAAGAAGUUAUGUUACAAUUGUGGGGAAACAAGUCAUUCUUUGGCUAACUGUCCAUAUCCGCUUCAAGAUGGUGGAACAAAGUUUGCCAGUUGCUUUAUUUGUAAAGAACAAGGCCACUUGAGUAAGGAUUGCCCUAAAAAUACUCGUGGUAUAUACCCAAAGGGUGGUUGUUGCAAAAUUUGUGGCGGUGUUACACAUUUGGCAAGAGACUGUCCUAAUAAAAGUGGCAGAGCUUCUGAUGCGGCUGCUGCUCAAUUUGAAGACCGGCCAAGGGGACAAGUUACCAAACUCAGCAGUGGGGAUGAUCUCGAGGAUGACUUCAACUUUAUGGCAGAGGAAGUUCAUGAAGAUGGUGAUGCUAAAACAAAGAAGAAAAAAGAACCUAAAGUUGUUAAUUUUGUAGGAUGAGUGAAUCUCCAGAAGGGCUGAUGAUCCUGGAAAGUGCCAUCUAUUGAGUAGAUAUAUGUUCCUUGAAACUGCUCUACAUGCCCUGUCUGACACCUGCAAUCCGCUUUCAAGUUACAUUUGCAAUAUACUUUUCUCCUCUAUGUCAUAUAAUGAAAACACUUCCAUGACAACUUGUUUGAGAGUCGCCUCUGGGAACAGCUAAUGCCUAAUGGUAUUUUUUUAGUGUGACCAAAAAAAGAUUAGGACCAUUUUUGUAGACUUUUUUUUUUUCUUUCAUUUUUAUUCAAUUACUGGAGUGUGUAUCCACCAUAUUGUUUUUUGAUGAAUUGCAUUCUUCCCUGUUCUACUUC